CAACUGUCCGGGAAACUUGGUCAAAAACUUGGUCAGUUUGAGGCUUUUAGCGCUCGCUUACACAAUACAAGUACACUUUAGGUUACCAGCUGCAAACACUUCCUCUGCCCAGCCAUUCACCCCUCUCUCGUCUUACCCAUGGUCACCAUUGUCCAGGCUGAACAGUUUUACAUAUAUACUUAGAACGUGGCAAGAAGCCUUGCCAACGCCCUGCCCUAUGUUGCUGACCCGCCGCAUUCGCGAUUGCUCGAUGCCCAUGAUUCAAUAACACGGGCUUGAGACUGGUACUUUCUUCAACACCGAUAGUCGGAAAGCAACGCCAAUGGGAAAUCGUCCCGAUAAAGGCAUCAACACGCCCGAGAUUUCUAUAAUUUGAAUCUGACCUGCAACCGUUGGUUGCGAGCCAGUCAAGAUGCCGGUGUUGGCACCCACCAACUUCAACAUCAUCCUCAGCGUGCUGGGGGGAUGGGUGUCGCUCUUCGGUCUAGUUUCCUACCUCUGCAAAGAGAGCUUCUACCUCUCCGAGGCCCUCAUCUCCCUCCUAGCGGGCGUCGCCUUCUCCCCGCGCGCGGCCAACUUCAUCCGGCCGCUCGAGUACGCGCUCGGGUCCGAGGAGAACCUCGCGGCCAUCACGCUGGCCUUCUCGCGCCUGGUGCUCGGCGUCCAGCUCGUGCUCGCCGGCGUCCAGCUGCCCAGCCGCUACCUGCAGAAGCAGUGGAGGCCGCUGGCCCUGCUCGUCGGGCCCAUCAUGGCCGCCAUGUGGCUCGCCACCAGCCUGCUGGUCUGGGCCCUCGUCCCCGGAAUCCCGCUGCUGCACGCCCUCGCCAUCGGCUCGUGCGUCACCCCGACCGACCCCGUGCUGUCCGCCGUGAUCGUCAAGGGGAAGUUUGCCGACCACAACGUGCCCAAGGAGCUGCAGAAGAUCAUCAUCGCCGAGUCGGGCGCCAACGACGGGCUGGGGUACCCGUUCCUGUUCUUUGGCCUGUACCUGAUCAAGUACGUCGGGGAGGGGUCGACGCCGGGGGAGGGCGGCGCGCGCGUGGCGAUGGGGCUGUGGUUCGGCGAGACGUGGGGGUACGUCAUCCUGCUGAGCGUGGCGUACGGCGCGGCGGUGGGCUGGGUGGCCAAGGAGCUGCUGCACUGGGCCGAGGAGCGGCGGUUCGUCGACCGCGAGAGCUUCCUGGUCUUUGCCGUCUCGCUCGCGCUCUUCAUCGUCGGCACGUGCGGCAUGAUCGGCAGCGACGACGUGCUCGCCUGCUUCGUGGCCGGCAACGUCUUCACCUGGGACGACUGGUUCCGCCUCGAGACCCUCGACGACUCGCUGCAGCCGACCAUCGACAUGCUGCUGAACGUGUCCGUCUUCAUGUGGUACGGCGCCGUGUGCCCGUGGGACCUGUUCCUGCACAACGAGGUCGUGCCGCUCGGGAGGCUGGUUGCCCUCGGCGUGCUGGUGCUGCUGUUCCGCCGCCUGCCGUGGGUGUAUGCGAUCCACAAGUUCAUCCCGCAGAUCGAGGAGGCGCGGCAGGCCGUCUUCGUGGGCUUCUUCGGCCCCGUGGGCGUGUCGGCCAUAUUUUACCUCUACGUCACGCUGGAGUUCCUUCAUACUCUGGAUAGAAACGGUGAGGCGAGGGAGGAUGUCAAGGCGCUACCCGAGGCGGUGAUUGUGGUGGUGUGGUUUAUUGCUAUUUGCAGUAUCGUUGUUCAUGGGCUCAGCAUUCCAUUGGGAAAACUGGGUUUCUAUCUUCCCAAGACGCUCUCCCGUUCUGUCUUAUCGCCCUCCAGCGACACCCCGGACAGCGUAACCCCUUUCUCACUUGGUAGCAGGGUUACUUCUUUCAGCCUCCGCCAGCAACCGGGAGGGGAGUCGGGGAAUCAACCCGGAGAGGGGACUAGGCGUUCCAUUUUCAGAAUCGGUGGCUCCAUUAUCCCCAGACGCCGGGAAGUGCAGGUGGAAGCGGCGCCUAGUCGAGAUGACCUACUAGACACCAACAAGGACUCCUCGACCGAUAUACUGGGACUCGGGCAAGAGGUGGUAGUUGAGGGCUCAGUGCCGUCUGCUGGCCGGACGAUUAUCUUACGAAUUAGUAUUAACGAGAUAAAUGAAUAUGAUUUUCGACUCGCCCUCAUUCUCUCCUCGACGACGAUGUUUCCGAAUCCAGGGGGAUUAAGCAAAGUCUCGCCCCUCUUUUGGUGGAGAGAUGUGCUCUUGUCGGUGGGCAUUUUGGACACGCACGACUCGCCAUUGGGACUGCAUCCAGGCAUGCUCCGCUCCAGCUGUCAAGACGGAUGCACUAAUUUAGCGUUGUCCGCAAUCUCGUGGCGAAUUCCCCCGUCCGGUGUCUAGCCUUUCGUGAUAAAAUCGGAUGGAUCUCGUUCGUGCCGCUUGAUCACGUUUUGCGUGGGCUUCAUGGCAAUUGGGUGGCUGGUGGUGAUGUGGCGGGAAUGCGCAGGGCAACCAGCUCACCGCCAUCGUCGCAGAAUCGCUGGCAUUCUGUGACGCUUGUUCGUGUAUCGGUCUAAUUAUACAUGCAUCCAUACACAGUACAGAUCUGUAGAUUGAAAUCCCAAGUGCGGGAAACCGAGGUUGGUUUGUGGCAUGCAUUGCGCGCCUGUUCUCGCUCCGAAUAUGCAAUUAGCCCCAACGGACGAUGAACCAGCGCGACCAG